AUGCCAGGAAAAGUCGCUCCCAACAACUCGCUCGCUACCGAACCUGCCGAGCGCAACGUCUCAUUCGUGUUGCAAGAGAUCGAGAAAGUCUCGUUCGAAGAACGCCCCAUCGUUGCGCCCAAGCCUGGUCAGGUGCAAGUCAACAUCCGUCAAACUGGUCUGUGCGCUUCCGACUGUCACUACCUUCACCAUGGUCGUAUCGGUGACUUUGUGGUUCGCAAGCCCAUGGUGCUCGGUCACGAGUCGAGCGGCAUCGUCACUGCCGUCGGAGAGGGUGUCACCACGCACAAGGUCGGCGAUCGCGUUGCUCUCGAGCCUGGCGUUCCUUGCCGAUCGUGCCAGGUCUGCCUGAACGGCAUGUACAAUCAAUGUGCCCAUCUUGAGUUCGCUGCUACACCCCCUUACGAUGGGACGCUGUGCACAUAUUACAACAUCCAGAGCUCGUUUGCGCACCAUGUGCCCGAUCACAUGUCUCUCGAGGAGGCUUCCCUCAUGGAGCCUCUUUCCGUAGCUGUCUACUCGGCUGGUAUGCGCGGUCAGGUCAAGGCUAUGGAGAACGUCCUCGUUUUCGGUGCUGGUCCCAUUGGUCUGCUCAACGCUGCCGUCUGCAAGGCCUACUCUGCUAAACGAGUGGUGGUCGUUGAUGUGGUGGAAAGCAAGCUCGAGUUCGCUAAAGAGUGGUGUGCCACUUCUACUUUCAAGCCUUCGCUGCCCCAGGAGGGCGAAACCAAGGCCGAAACAGCCGCACGCAAUGCACAGCACCUCAUCAGCUCGCUCGGUGACGAUGUAGCAGCACGCGAAGGCUUCGACCUCGUACUCGAGUGUACCGGUGCUGAGCCCUGCAUCAACAUGGGCAUCCAGGCCCUUCGACCACAGGGUCGCUUUGUCCAGGUCGGUAUGGGCAGAUCUGAAGUCGAAUUCCCCAUCACGCGUGUCUGCGUCAAGGAGAUCAACGUCACUGGCUCCUUCCGCUACGGAGCUGGCACCUACAAAACCUCGAUCAACCUUGUCAGCACCGGCGCCAUCGACGUCACCAAGAUGGUCACCCAUCGUUUCCUCUUCAAGGACGCUGUCAAGGCGUUUGAGACCACAACAAAAGGUGUCGGUGAGGACGGAAAGACAGCAAUCAAGGUUCAGAUUAGCCAGGGCGAGGGCAAACAGUGA